GCGAAACUCAUCUUCCCUCCCACAACCAACUCCGCCCAGAUCAAUCAACAAUCCGACAAAAUGGCGCGCCGUCCCGCUCGUUGCUACCGAUACUGCAAGAACAAGCCGUAUCCUAAGUCUCGGUUCAACCGUGGUGUCCCCGACCCCAAGAUCCGAAUCUUCGAUCUUGGCCGAAAGCGCGCCAACGUCGAUGACUUCCCUCUCUGCAUCCACCUCGUUUCCAACGAGUAUGAGCAGCUGAGCUCUGAGGCUCUUGAGGCCGCCCGUAUUUGCGCCAACAAGUACCUCGUCAAGAACACCGGUAAGGAGGGUUUCCACCUCCGAGUCCGUGCUCACCCUUUCCACGUCGUCCGUAUCAACAAGAUGUUGUCUUGUGCCGGUGCCGAUAGACUUCAGACCGGUAUGCGUGGUGCCUGGGGUAAGCCCAACGGUACUGUCGCCCGUGUCAACAUUGGCCAGAUUCUCAUGAGCGUCCGCACUCGUGAUGCUAACCGUGCCAUUGCUCUCGAGGCCCUCCGCCGAUCCCAGUACAAGUUCCCUGGCCGACAAAAGAUCAUUGUCUCCAAGAACUGGGGCUUCACUCCUCUCCGCCGUGAGGAGUACCUCGACAAGAAGGCUGCCGGCCGCGUCAAGGUCGACGGUGCUUACGUCCAGUUCCUCUCCAACCACGGUUCUCUGGAGCGCAACAUCCGUCGCUUCCCCGACGCUUUCAAGUCUGAGGCUUAAAGGAAUGAUUGAUAGGAUGGAAUAUGGGUUUUCUGGCGUCAAAAUGGCUUGUCAAAUAAGGACCUCUUAAAACUAUCUAGUUAAAGGGCGUCGAUUAGGCAAAUUGAAAUCUUACAUUCAGAACUGGA